AGUCAUUCCAUGGCGAGCAAUCGCAAAACAGCCGCCCUUUUGUUUACACUCUUUAAACCAGUUUAUAUCAGCAUUCUCCAUCUUUCCAACCAUGUCGAGAUUUUUCGGUGACGUCAGCGAGAAGUGCUAAGUGUCUCAAAGUUCCCACUGAUCGAACAAAUGAACAACGGCGACGGUCUCCGGCAACCAGUUAGGCUUCGACCGACAGCGCGAUUGGAAUCACGCGGAGAGCGAUCGCAGAGUAGAACGUGAACGACGACAACGACAACUAUGGUGAGCUUUUUGGGCCUUUCGUUUCUUCUCGCGCUGCUGCCUCCAACGUUUUGGAUUGGAUCCGUUGCUGGCGCUGACGCAAAUCAGACGGAUUCCACUGCGCGUUGCUGGAGCUGCGUGUCAAAGUACAAAACAUGGACCGACUGUCAAAAUGUAGCCGAGAGCGAACCUUGUAAUGGGACCUCCGUCGACCCCGAGGCUGUGUCCUGUCUGAAAAGUACAAUUCGUGUUCAGCGAAUGAAUGGUGACUCGAGAUUUCACCGAAUCGCUGGUUGUGCAAUGAAUCUAAGUGCGCUGCAGCAGCAGUAUUUGGACAAUUUUGAGCUUACUUUCAACCAAACCGGAGACAUCAACGUCACGCUGGUAGAGCUCGUAACUUGCCAGGGAGAGCUCUGCAAUGUGAUGGAUGAGACUGCGCUGCGAAUGGGGCCGAUCAAAGUGGUGCAUCUGAACGUUAUGAAUGUGAGCGGAGCCAUCAACAGAACGCCGUUUAUCGGAUUAAUUUUAACCAUCGUGGGGAUUUUAUCGAUUACGUAAUAAAUAUGUGUUACAAUAUUGCAA